CCCGCUGUGGACGGCGUCAACAGCUUCAAAAUCCGUAUCAAUUAUCAACCCGAUUCUACGCCGCCUUGCCGUCCGCUCUGUUCGCCGUCAAGAUUGCUCCGUGCCCGCUUCCCCGCGCUUGCGGAAGGUCUCACCUUCCCCCCACCACACCGUGCCGAUCCCCGAUCACCGAACGCCCCCGAACGCUUCAACACCACGGGCAGCUUUCCUCUUAUUCCAACGAGCUGCGUCGUGAGCGCAGCUGCUAGCCAUGUACCAAAAUGGCCAGCGAGAUGCGACCCGGCCUUUUCAGGUGCCUCCCCCGCCUCCACCCAUGUCACCGCCGCCGUCUGUCGGGCUCGGCAACAUGAUGGCCAUCCCCCCUCCACCGCCCCGGUACCCAAGCGCCCCCGCAGCCGGCGGCAAUGUUAUGCUCCCUCCGCCUCCCGGGCCACCGCCGAACGCUGCCUUCCCGCCGAGUGCUAUCCCGCCACCCAGCGCCUUGGGCAAUGCACCAUGGCACGGAGCUUGGGGUCGCGCCUACGACGGGCGGACAACCUUCAAUAUCCCACCGCCCCCGCCGGGCGGCGCCGGCGGCGGCUUUUUGCAGGCCUACAACCCCAAGCUGCAUGCUCAGGCUGUCGCCGCCGCCAAUGCCGCCGCAUCAUCCGGCCCGACGAGCCUCGCAGUGCCGCCGCCUCCGCCCCCGAGCGAACAGAUGAGCGCGACGUAUAUCCCGCAAGGAGACACUUACGGAGAGGGCGUUGGCAUUCCGGGUCUGGGCUUCGCAGAUGAUGGCAUCCACUGGGCACCGCCCGGGCUGGACUCGGCUGCUGCCACGCCGCUGGAGGAGUCGUCAGGCCGGGACAGACUCUAUGCUGCCGCUAUAGGCCAGAGGGUGCUAUCUAAUGUUUCCAAUGCCAGCACCUUAAUAUCGUCAGUCCCGCCCGAGCUUGCAGCCCAGUGGCCUCUGGACAGAGUGCUGGCAUGGCUGAGGGCCAACAACUUCUCCAGAGACUGGCAAGAAACCUUUCAGCUGCUCAGCAUUCACGGGGCCCAGUUUCUGGAGCUCGGAAGCAGCCAUGGCGGCCGUGGGAACUUUGGCAUGAUGCACCAACAAGUGUACCCGCUGCUGGCGGGGGUGUGUCGAAAGAACGGGGGUGCAUGGGAACAGCCGCGAGAAAGAGAGGAGGGAAAGAGAAUGCGACGACUUAUCCGGAGCGUCGUCACGGGGCGACCAGCCGACACCCCCAAAACAUCCACCAGCCAUUCCCGUAAAGAAUCUGCGAGUACCAUCGCCGCGCCUAGCGCCGCCGCCGAGUCUGUGGAGUCGCCGAAUACCCCGAUCAAAGCCCCCGGCCCUGGCUUUAGCAGCAGGAGCUCCGAAUCGAACCAUAGGAGCCUAAUGAAGAAUAUCGAUACCGACAUUACCCGUCGGGAUAGUCCCAACCUCAGCGAGUCGGGCGAGGCAGGGUCGGUCCGCGGGUCCACACCAUUAGGGAGGGACAGCCCGAAUGGUAGUCCGGUCCCGCAGUCCGGCCUUCUACCACCAUCUUCGACGGCGGGCAACGUCUCGGCAUCGCCCCACACCACCGUGUUCGGUCAUCGUUCGCGUAACAGCACGGAUUCGGUAUCCUCCAACGCCGCAAUAUACGGGUCGGGAGUGCCACCUGAUGCAGCAGCCAUGUUGAAGAGCGGCAUGAACAUUGCCGAGGUCGCGAAUACGGCCCGCAGCACCGAGGCGCACGGUCGACGGUUUGGUCAGGACGGCAGCCGACCCUCGCCGCAGGAUUCGGGAGACAAGAGCGCCGGGUCAGACCCUCCGGGGAGCGCGAAAGGCAACACCUCGUUCCUCUCGCUAUUCAGGGGCAAGAAGAAGCCCGAUGAGCAUGAAUCGCCCACCAGCCCGGGGCUCCAUGUCAAAAUGCACUUGUCAGGAUUCCGGCAUGGGAACGGGAGCGAGACCUCGCUGGAACGACCGGCCUCAAAACGGUCUGGGGGCGGCCGCGUUUUUAUCCUUGCCACCGCUGAUUGUUGGAACUAUCGCAUGCUGGAUGUCACUGAUGUCGGGUCCGCCUUGGACCUGCGGCAGCUAGUUUGCAUCAACCUAGGCCUGCCGGAUAGCGAGGGUGCCCAGAUCUACCUGACAGAGUUGGGCAAGUUUGAGCAUGAGGAGGACCCGCUCGAUGAUAUGAAACUGCUAACCACGAAAAGCCAUAUGGGGGACGCGGUUGGCUCGCUGAAGUUCUUCGUACGACCGCCCAUGCUGCGGAGUGCAAACGCCCAAACACCAUCCUCCGGGCAUCUGGCUGUGCCCCUGGACGAAGAGGCAUACGCUAAGCUCAACGGGCGGCAGCGGUCUAGUUCCUCGCCGCCUACCUCGAGACAGAACACCCUACCAGGCAGAGACCGAGAUGAGAAGAUGUUAACAGCAGAGGCCAUCCAAUAUAGGACGGAACAAAUGCGGAAGCAGGAAGAGUAUCUCGCCAAGCGUAAACAAUUGAUAGAUGCGAAGGAGGGUAGCCCGUCUACCGACUCUCCGUUCGGCAUCGUGGGCAGAAAUGUGGACUUUGACCAGCCGAGGCUAUCGCCUUACGAGGACAGGAAGCUUGACACCCUGCUUCCACAACGCAAAGCCCCAGCCCCUCCCGAGGACCCGUCUGCCACGCUGCUGAAGGCGAACUCGCUUAGCAAGAAGCACAGCACACGCUUGUCUCAAGGGAGUGUGGAUGGCAGCCGUCCGAAACGCACGUCGUCCGACUUGCGCGAGGAGGCCAUGUCCGAUAAGCAGAAACGACGACCGGGUAUGCCGACUCCCGACGGCGGUAUUCACGGCCUGUUAGUGGGCAUGGCCGGCCGCAUGGCUGGUAUUGGGCAUCCCGUCGCGGGUGGGCACAGAGGGCUGUCGCCGCACCGGGUGUCGUCGAUGCCGGUGACGAACAGCGAAAGCAACGAUCGAGGUAAGGGAGCCAUGUCAACCGUUGACUUUGGUCAACGUUCACGUUCCGGCUCUGGCGGGGGCAGUCCGAGGACCGGACCCGUCCCAGGGUCACCGGGUUCUACUACCUGGAGCUCCAAGAGUGUGCCAUUCCUGGUCCCGGACUACUCGCCGACUCAUGACUCUAACAACCGGGCGCCCGCCGGAACGGUCCCGAGCCCUGACCGAUCCCACCUUGGAACAGACGCUAAGAUUACUCGAGUAGCACGCGCUCCGUCGCCGGGAGAUGUUAGUCCCAGCUCCCGCCGACCGAGCCAGACCUUCUCGACUGCCACCAGCCACAAGCGCAAAUCGCACGGCCCCGAUACCGACUUCCAAGGUAACGACGUCAGGUUCUCGCAGGCCUCAACCGUCCACGAGAGAAACAACAGCAACAACAACAACAAUGGUAAUAACGGCAACAACAACGCCGAUGAUGAUGAUGACUCGGGCGAUGACUCGGACGACGGCCUGUUCGCUGUUCCUAUCUCGGCCCGCAAUAACAAUGCUCCUAAGAAGGCGUCAGCAUCCGCAGAAGGCGGCGAGUCCGACAACAACGCUAAAAGGCCGAGUCUGCGGGUCAACACCAAGCGCUCGAGGAAGACACUGUCGGUCGCUUUCAAAUCACCGCAGUCAGGCGGUGACGGCAAGAUGCCGGGCGAUGACAACGAGGACGGUACAAGCGGCCAGUCAUCCCAGCGGCGCACACCCGGCACGCCAGGCUCCGAAAGCUGGGACUCAGAAGACCGCGAGACCAAACUGGGCAGACGCAAGUCGUUCAUCGAGAAGGACGUCUGGGCCAACCGCCCACCUACCGAUGCCCUUAUCAACAACCUCGAGGAUUUCUUCCCCAAUGUGGAUGUUGACCAGCCGGUCCUCGAGGAAGGAGAGGGCCCUUCGCCCAUUGACGAGGCAGACGAGAAUCAGUCGGAGCAGGGCUCAGCCAAAGCCUCUUCCAUACCACCACUACCCCCAUUGCCCGCUGGCCUGUCCUCCGGGCACAACCGAGUUUCAUCCAUCUACAACGAGAGCGAUACCCUGGGAUCUGACGAGUCAACGCUCAAAGCGCUUGACUCGCGCCCUGUGUCCAUGCAGACGCUGGCGCGGCGUAGCGUGCGCCGGUCUGGGGGCCUGGGCCGCAUGAAAUCGAUCAGAGAAGUCGCUCGGGGCGCUCACGAAGCAAACAAGCGGUACACGCAGACGUCAGGUCCUCUACGCUCGCAGGCGGGCGCGCUGGUGGACAAGAACACCAGCCUGAUGCGGCGCAAGAGCACAAAGAUGUUCAACGCCAACAUCGUACAGAUCCGGCCGGAGCGCGGGUCGCUCAACCUGGCCGCGGGUCUCAGCACGAUCCCGCAGGACAGCCUGCCGACGCAGGCACAGAGCAGCCGCGACAGCGUCCCCAAGCGGCAGACGACAUUCCGCUGGUUCAAGGGCCAGCUGAUCGGCAAGGGCACCUUCGGGCGGGUCUACCUCGGUAUGAACGCGACGACGGGUGAGUUCUUGGCGGUCAAGGAGGUCGAGGUCAACCCCAAGGCGGCGCAAGGCGACCAGAAGAAGAUGCAGGAGCUGGUGGCGGCGCUGGACCGCGAGAUCGACACAAUGCAGCACCUCGACCACGUCAACAUCGUGCAGUACCUCGGCUGCGAGCGCAAGGAGCGGAGCAUCUCCAUCUUUUUGGAAUACAUUUCCGGUGGCUCCAUCGGGUCGUGCCUGCGCAAGCACGGCAAGUUCGAGGAGGCCGUGGUCGCGUCGCUCACGCGGCAGACGCUGUCCGGGCUGGCGUACCUACACAGGGAGGGCAUCCUGCACCGCGACCUCAAGGCGGAUAACAUCCUGCUGGAUCUGGACGGCACGUGCAAGAUCAGCGAUUUCGGCAUCAGCAAGAAGACGGACAACAUCUACGGCAACGACAAGACCAACUCGAUGCAGGGGUCCGUGUUCUGGAUGGCGCCCGAGGUGGUGCGGGCGCAGGGCGAGGGGUACAGCGCCAAGGUGGACAUCUGGUCGACCGGCUGCGUCGUGCUCGAGAUGUUUGCCGGGCGCCGGCCGUGGAGCAAGGACGAGGCGGUCGGGGCCAUCUACAAGAUUGCCAACGGCGAGACGCCGCCGAUUCCGGACGACAUCCGCGAGGAGAUCAGUCCCAUCGCGAUCGCUUUCAUGCUGGACUGUUUUACUGUGGACCCGACGGACCGCCCAACGGCCGAUGUCCUUCUCUCGCAGCACCCAUUCUGCGAGCUCGAUCCGAACUACAGCUUUUUGGAUACGGAGUUGUAUGCUAAGAUUAGGCCAACAUUCAAAUGAUAGAUGGAGGAUGGAGGGUGAUUAGCUGUAGGCUGUUGUAAGGGGUGUGGAGGGUGAAGGACGAAUGAAAGCUGAUGCUAGUGCCGGCAUUGGCUACGGCUGCGUUUCCGGGGGCGAAUGGCUUUUGUUAAUGCAUGUCUGUCGGUCAUGGCAAGCGGUGGGGUUUCUAAUGGGGAGAUCAGGAUCUCAUGAUUUACAUACGUCUUCAGCUGAAAGAUAUAAAAAGAUAGUUACAACUCACGACAUACCAUGAGAAACAAAUAUCGUGUCGACAGCACUCUAUCGGCAAAAACGGAAAUCAAUCUGUUGAUCUG